AUGAAACUCGUCCCUCUCCUCCUCGCAACCACCGCCUCGGCCGCCGCCACCAUCGCCCGCGGCCGCGGCUACGGCACCUACUACUACGACGUGGAGCAGAUGCAGGCGUGCGGCUACGACUUUGCCGCCGAGAACAAGGGCCCCGUCGAGUGCUCCUUCACGCAGCCCCUGCCGCUGGGCCAGAUGCGCACAAACUACCUCGUCGCCAUGAACCACACCGAGCUCAGGGACAACCUGGACAAGUACUGCGGCAAGCGCGUCGUCGUCACCGUCGACGGCGUCCGGAGCGCCCUGCCGCUCUUCAUCGGCGACGGCUGCGAGCGCUGCGGCGGCGGCCUGCCCGACGGCGCGUGGGACUCGGUAGGCGCCCCGGGACUCGACUUUAGCUACACUGUCCUGAGCGAGCUGGCGCCGCAGGCGUGCGCGGCGGGCCACGUCGAUCUCAGCUGGGAGAUUCUGGAUGAGAACCUGUACCACUUUACGACGCAUUAG